AUGCAUAUGACGACGAAAGAACCACAGACAGUGUCCUUCUGUCAGAAGCUCAUGUACGCUUCUGUAUCGUUCUCUGUCGACGCCAUCGUCAAUAUCGUGGCCAUGUACGGGAACGUCUUCCUCCUGGAAGUAGCUCAGCUGCCACCGCUGCAGACUUCAGGGAUCAUCUUCUCCAGCAUGGUGUGCAUGAUCAUGACGUCACCAGUUGCUGGGUACCUCAUCGACAGAACGGACACAAGAUGGGGGAAGGUGAAACCAUGGCUUUGGUGUACCUUACCCACGCAAAUCGUUCUCUACUUCAUGCGGUGGUACGUCCCAAACUUUUCCGAUAACUGGCGGUUCGCCUACUACUUCCUGGUCUGGACAAGUGCAGAGAUUGUGCAGUGUAGUUAUUCGGUGGCCAACAAGUGCAAAGUGAUGUAUAUGACCACCGAUACCAAAGAAAGGGACUCCAUAACAGCAUACAGAUCCGGUGCACAGUUGCUCGGACUAGUUGUAGGCGUGGCGUACCAUGGACAGAUCGUCGCUGCUUACGGACAGGAACUUCACUCCGAAUGUUCCACCUCGUCCAACUCAACAGUGGAUCCAAACAGUCUUCAAAAACAGCGCGAGGGUUAUUUGAUCUCUGCGGGUGUGGCGGGUUGCCUACUUCUGGUCACCACAUGCGCCAGCCUACUGGGAACUACCGAUCGCCUCAGCAGUGCAGCAGACGAGACAACAGAGAAACAGCCCAUCUUCGAAAGCGUGCUGGACAUCUUGAGUCACCGCCCGUUUCGAUAUCUACAGUGUAUAGAUCUGUUCCUUUGGAUGGCGGUUUUCGUGAGUAUUCUAAUAGACAUUCGUUUAUUGCAAUCUCUCGAAAGUAUAUGCACUUUGUGUCACUGUGCUUUGUUCUGUUUUGAGCAUGCAUUUAUAUUUUGCGUGAUAUUCCAAUUAUGA